ACGAUAUUUGCCUUGGGACAGUGAAAACAAACGCGGAGGAAGUGGCCAAGAGAACUGAUACAAUGGGUGAACGAAAUGCAACGGAAAUCUAAAACCAGACGCAGAACAUGCUACGAAUCAAUAUAUAUACACAUAAGUGUAUAUGGAAAUGGGGGGUGUACCAGAGGUAACGUCAUAGACCUGGUUAGAAAAUGUGCCAGGGCAGUUAGCAGUUGGCAGAGGAAGCAGAAAAACAGUGCUGAGAAAGAUGGAAAAACAAGUAAAAACCAUAUGGCAAAUGGUGCUAUUAUAUGAAAUACCUUUUAGUAAGAACCAAUACUUUUAUAACGACCAAAAGGUGCUCGAAUCUUUAGUCGUUUUAUAUAAGCAAGAAACCGCUAUUAAGCUUUCAAAAAAAUGAUAUUUUCGACUUUAAAGUAUGUUGAAUGAUGAUGAAACAUUGUAUUUGAACUUUACUUUAAAACGCAUGCCAAACUUAUAUAGAGAGAUGCCCGAGAAAUACCCCGUACUUGUACCAAAACAAAGGGUUGGAAAAGCCCCCGGGUGCUAAUUGAAUUAGCGAUUUUCCAUUGACAGGUGCCAGUGCCGCAGCCGUAGUUCGUGUUCUUCUGCAUUAUUCUCCGCCGGAGCCUCCUCAAACUGGCUAAAAUGCUGAACUGCAGCGGACGUUCCAAGUUUAUAGCUUUCGGUUUCGGACCCCAAACGCAUUACUGAUCAAGUGGAUAUAUAUAUAUAUAUCUUGGCUGAGGAGCGAUGAGCCACCAGCAGCAGCAUCAGUUUCAUCACUACCAUCAUCAUAUCCAUCAAGUGCAAUCGGAAUCGGAGCUGGAGCGACGUAACUCCGAUUCGGAGCAAAAUCCCAAUAGAAAUACGGAUCGCAUUGGCUCUACUAUGGAUUUUCGUAAUCUAUGCCAGCGCAUCGAUGUAGACAGUUUAAGAGCCAAAUUGCCACAACUAAAGUUGCCCAAAUCGCUGCCCAAGUUACGUGGUCGAAAGAUAUUUCGCAGCUCCAAGAGAGGAGCAGAUGGAAGCGGCGGAACAGCGGCAGGACUCUCGAAAGAUGGAGCACAGCCGCAGCAAUCUCAGCUCCAGUUGGCACCGCAGUCCCAGCAGUUCAUCAACCGGACACCCCAGAGGAUCUCCACCAUCAGUUCGCUGAUAUACGAGGGUGAACAGGAUGAGAUUCGGGCCAAUCUGGGCAGAUCGCAGCCGGGAACGUAUCGAAGUGCUGGCAGUCUCGAUGACGACUACUAUGCGCCUGGGAGCGGAGAAAGAGCCUCGCGACCCAUCAGUCCCAUUAAAAUACCAGCUGGCGGGGCAGACACUGCAGCGUCUGGGAAUUCCCGACCCACAUUGAGCCAACGAUUGCAGAGGGGCUACAAGAGUCUCAGCGAACUGAGGCUUAAGCACAUCUUCGCCAAACAGACGACGGUGCGAAGGGACAACAUCGAGGUGGAUCGCUAUGUGGAGCAGUACGAGCGGGAACUGAAAUCGGAGAAAUUGGCCCGCGAACGCAGGGAUCGCGAAAUAGCCGAGAACUAUGACAUCAAGAUCAAGACUCUGGCGGGCACUCGACAAAACACCUUCGAGGACGACGACGAGCUGGAGCACGAACAGUUCGAGAAGGGCAAGAUCUGCCACGAAACCGACGAGAGCGGCAUGGAGGCCACACCGCCACUGCCCAGUCGUCGAAAGCCAGGCAUAGCCGCCACCAGGUUCGCCAAGGUCAGGAAGCCGCCCUUGGAAAUGGAGGGGCAACAGGCGGGCGAGGAGGACCAACCUCCUCCACGCGGACGUCCCAGUAGCUAUAAGCAAUUGCUCAACAAAUUGCCCCAUCUACCGAGUCUGCCCAAUCUGGCACAACUGUCCAGGGGCAAGGAGGAGGCGUCUAAAAGCGGCGAGAACGCUGAGGCAAAUAAUCCCGGCUCCAAGUUGGGCAUAAGGCAGAACAUCAAGAGGCUUAGGAAGUCCAUCAAAAGGCCAGCCAAGAUCAAGCCUAAGGCAACACCCGAUUCGGAGGAGGAGGAGGAGCCCGAGGGCGUGGCCGAGGGCAAUAAGCCCAAAGAUCCCCUUGGCAAGGGCUCGGUCAUGAAUCUAAGAGCUCGUCUUAGUCGUUUUGCGUCCACCGAACAACUACAACAGCGUUGGCGUAAGAGCUUCAAGGGCACCAAGGAGCAUAAGGAGGGCGAAUCGAGUGCAGAACCCACGGCGGCGUCUGGUGUUCUGGGCGGCCUGCUGCUGGGCUCCCAACUGGAGAAGACCCUGGCCAAGCUCAACGAGAAGGUGCAUCAGCUGAAGUUUUUUCAGCGCCACGCCAGCCAAAACCCGGAAACGUCGAAACAGCCGAAACCCAAUACGGUGGGUCACGAGCCGGUCGAGAUUGAUGAUGACGAGGAACUGGCGGCCACCUACCAUCGCAGCGAUAGCCUCGAGGCUGAGCACGACGAGGCGAACGAUGACAGCGGCGAGGAUAUAUCCGCUGAGGAGGCCUUUGGCCAGAUGCAGCCGGAUAAGGGCGCAUCCGUAUCGGGAAAUGCGAGCGCCCACGCUGCUCGCCAGAUGGCAAAGCUGGCUGAGAUUCAAGCGGCGUCGAAGAGCGGAGCGGCCGCGUGGAGCAGCGAAUCGCUGGAGGAGAUGGCCGACGAGGACUAUCCGAGGGUGCUCAUCCACCAGGAGCACUCCGAUGCCUACGAAUCCACGCUGAUCAUAGCGGUGGCCUCGAAGCGAAGCUCGCUUUCUCCGGGCAUCAGAAGUUCACCAACUGCUACUGGAAUCAAAGGAUCACCCUAUCCAGAGAUCACAAUUUCAGCUUCCCCGUCACCUGGCCAAACCCCAGCAGCUGGCAUUAAAGUUUCGCCAUCUGAGGCCAACGUUUGGUUGCCCAACGAACAGAUCAUUGCCGGCUUCAAGGAGCAGGCAACAUCCUGGCCAGCUCCUACAUUGUACAAGCCCAAGAGCAUCGAUAUAUUCGAGGCUGCGGCCGCGGGAGGCUCUGCAGCAUUUGCCGACUUCGAUGAGGCCCUGCGAAAUGCCCCAGUUUUGAGGAUAAGUGCCGGGAGUAGCAUCGAUACCAGUGGCGAGGAGGCCGACGACAGCAGUUCCCGGAUCACAAGGAUACGGGUGCAGAGUCCACAGAUCGGGAACAGUAGGGAGAGCCUGAUGGCACAGGAGGAGGAGGACGAAGAGGAGGUAGAUCUGCCUGAAGAGGAUGAGGAUGAGGAGGAGGAUGGGUCGGAGAAUGGGGAGGACCAAGAUUCGGAUCGAGAUGCCUCGGAACGACCGCCAUCGGAGUCGCCACCGCCGCCGCCACUCCCACAGCGGCGUCCGCCUCCCAAGCGCCCCGCCACGCCUCCCAUUUACGAUGCAGUUCCUCCGCCGCUGCCUGUGACCAAACCGCCGGAAACAUUUGUACCCGCUCCGCCCGCUGUCAUCAGCAGGGCAGUGCCCCCAAGAAGCGCCUCCAUGUCGCGACCGGCCAAGCCUCUGGUGAAAACCAGUUCCCUGCGACUCACCUACAACGAGCAGGUGCGACCCGGGGAUGUUGGCAAGGUCAAUAAGCUGAUAUCCCGUUUCGAGGGCGGAAGACCACGACUUUGUCCCCGGCGGAUGCACAGCGAGGAGUACGAUCGAAGUACGCGAACAGAUGACGACGACGACGAGGUGGAGCCGGAGAUGGAGCAAAUCUUGGAGCUUCAAAUAACCGAAAGACGAGCCAUGGACUCGGUGACACCCACAAAUCGGGCUGUGGUAAUACCCCAAAUAACUCUCAACAACAACAACAACAACAACAACAACAACAACAACAACAACAACGACAACAACAAUAGUGAAAAGCAACUCGACGACGAGCUGGACGAGAUCGCCAAAAGUAGAAAAAAGAAAUCCACGGAACUGGCUCUGGAUCGCCAGAACUCCAAUUGCAGCAGAUCGGAGUACGGUUCACCACUAUCGUUUCCCAGCAGCCGACGCAGUUCCACGCCGACGAACCUCAAUUUCAACUCCAACUCCAAUCCCAUUUCAAAUCUCAGUUCCAAUCUCAACCAGAAUCCCAGUCAAGUCCUGCAACAGCAACGACGCAGCCGACGAUCAAUGACCCGCGAUGAUGACAAUUUCUAUAGCUUCGAUAGCGACGAAGAGAACAGCUACUACUCCAUAAGUCCCUCGGGCAGCAGUCGCUAUGUAGUAGAGAUCUAAGCAAAAAAUAAGAAACCUAUUGUAGGUUUAGGCCCUGCAGAUUUGAGUGCUUUAAACACAAAGAAAAAAACUGUAUUAAUAAACGUAUACUUAUAUCAAUUAAUAACACUUAAAAAGCUUAACAAAAAAAACAAAAAACUAAUUGUUUCAUACUAUUUUGCUUUCUAAAUCUUUAAAUCUUUAAAGUUUAGUCAUUUAAAAAUUUUCAAAAUAAAAUAGCAAGAAGCAA